GCGGCGGCGGAGACAGCAGACACAGCCCCAGCCUCCAGGGUUAGGUGUUCAGACGAAUUUUGGUUUCUCUGGAUAAUCAUGGCAGAAGGUGGAUUCGAUCCCUGUGAAUGCAUUUGCUCACAUGAACAUGCAAUGAGAAGGCUGAUCAAUCUGUUGAGGCAAUCCCAGUCAUACUGCACAGACACGGAAUGCUUUCAGGAAUUGCCAGGACCAAAUUCCUCUGGUGAUAAUGGCAUUAAUAUUGCCAUGAUAAUGAUGGCCUGGGUGGUUAUCGCUCUUGUCUUGUUCUUGCUGAGACCAACUAAUCUAAGGGGAUCCAACAUAGCUGGAAAACCAGCCAGUCCACAUAAUGGACAAGAACCACCAGCCCCACCUGUGGAUUAGACCUUAUAAAGCUGGAAAUGCUAAAACUUGCACGACCAAAUGAACGAAAGUGACCAGAGUACAAAAUCCUAUUCAAUACUAUUUUCCUUUUGCAUUUACAUAAAGCAGAAUGAUAUUAUUUUGGUAUUGAACACCUAGUAGAUAUUUCAGUUUUAAAUUAAUUCUUGCUUUAUAUAUUAUUACUAUUCCUAGAAGGUGAUAUUUGAAUAAACAAUAAAAAGUUGCAGAAGGUGGGGUUUUAUUGUUCUUACUGUGGACAUUCCACUCAUUCACUUUUUGCUACAAUGAUUACAAUACAUAAUUUUUUGCAAUGGUCCACUGCAAAGUUGAAGGAAAUUAAAAUCUUUGUCCAUUUAUAUUCAUUAAAAGUUAAUUUUCCACGUAAUUCUCUUUUUUGCUAUAUAUUUUAGAAACUGAGUUGCAAACAUUAGCAUGAGUUUUGUGGAGGAAAAAAUGAAGUUACUUUGCCUUGCUGUUCAGAGCAGCUUUAAGUCUUUGGACCGCUAAACUAGUUUUUAGGGCUGUUGCAAAAGCAUGGAUCAUUUGCUGUAAUGAAAGUAUAUAUAUGCGUGUGUGCAUGAGGCUGUGUUGGGGAAUUAGCACAAUCAAAAACUUGUAUGUGAAGAAUUUACACACACAAUUAAAUCACCAAAAUUAAAUUUAAAUACAUUUUCCAGUAAGUGAGCUGUCUGAUUCAGUAUAUUUUUAAAGACAACUAAAACUUGGGCAACUAAAUUCUAACAGGAAAUUGUUUAUAAACUUUAGAAAAAGAAAAUUGUAGUGAAAAGUAUCUAUUACAAUUUUCUGUCCUGAGUAUAAAAUGUUAUCUUAAAUUUUUAGCUGCAAUAUGUAAUGUACUAAAUAGGAUCAAAAUGUUAUCAGUCAUUAACUUCAGAAAGUUAUUGUCAUUUACUUACAAUUUGGUUUUUACAUAUAUAGUAUCAUAGAUUUUUAUUCUUAUCUAUACUUGUUGGACUAUUCAAUAUACAAAUUGCUGGUGAAGACCUACAGCAUAUAUUUUCUCUUUAAUGUGUGUGUGUGCGUGCGUGCAUAUGCAUCUUCUGUUUGAACCUAGUGAGAGUGACUUUUUAAGCAUACAUUAAAUAAUUUAAGACCAUUUUAAAGAUGUAUAGAAUUGUAGCAUUGUAUAUUUUUCUUAUCAAUUUGAAAAAUUAAUGAGAACAAUGUAAAGGACAGUUUUGUGUUACCAGAUGGCUAAGGAGCUGAUUUCCACAAAGGUAAGAAGAACAAAUAUGUGGGAGAUUAAUGGCCUGAUUCUGCAAGAUUUUACUCACAUGAGAGCUCCUUAUUUUUGCAAAGGGGCUACUCACAUGAGAAAUGAUUUGCAUAAUUGGGCCCUGAAAGAAUAUCAUGUUGGAUCUCUGUUAUCAGAGAUAUGAUUCUCCUACUCAGAAUAAAUAGCAGCUCAGCCAACUUGUCUUGUAAAGAUACAAUAUAGACCAGAGAAAAUGUUUUUAGAAUUUGAUGUAUGUAACUCUGCCACUGAGCUUCUGUAGCAGGGUGCUAUGAGCCUAUAGAUAGGAAGCAUUAGUAAAAUGCUAUUGGGCAAAUUCUUUGUUAGCCUGAUGCAACCUUACUAAAAAUCACUGGUGUGCAUAUGGGAUGUGCCCAGGCACACCCUAAUGUCUUAGGGUUGCCAGGUGUCCAGUUUUCUACUAGACAGUCCAGGUUUUUGGGGCUCUGUCCUGUAAAAAAAUCCAGAAAAUACUGGACAUGUGCAUUGUCCAGUAUUUUCUGGUUUUCUGACUGGGCUCCCGGAAGCCUGGCUGGGAGGUGGGGCCCGAUCAGCGCUGGGAGCCCUGGUUGAGUGUGAGGAGGAGGGGUAUCCUAGUCCAGGCUCCUGCACGCUGGUCAAACACAUGGUGGAGCCGCAGCCGGACUGACUCGCGCUUCGCCUGGACUGUGCGAGGGGUGGGAGUGCCCUGUGAUCUGCACUACCCGGGUCAGUCCCGCUCCCCACCGGCUGAUACGCUCCUUCCCCCACCUCCUCCUGGCCGGCCGGUUGGUUCUCCCCCACUUCUCCUCCCGAUCUUUCCCAGCCAGCCCCGCUG